AUGAAUUCACCGCUCGAUAUCUCAAAAGCACCACAAAGUUGUAAUAGUAGUAAAAUGCAAGAAUAUACAUUUGAUGUUCGAAUACAUAAAACUGAUGGUAUUUUCCGAGUUAAAGUUCAAUUACAUUCAACAAUUAAUGAUAUAAUUAUUGAUUUAUGUAAACGAAAUAAUAUAAAUAAUCCAGAGGAAUAUUAUAUUUGUUUUUUUGAUCAAAUAUUUAAUAAUAAUGAUACUGUUCAAUCUACAAAUAUUCACCAACUGUCGAAAAUUCAUAAUAUGAAAUGGUAUGAUGUAAAAUUACCAGAAUUACGUAUGAAAGCACCAUCUGUACUUGAAACUGUACCACAUAAUGAUAUACAUGUUGUAUUCACAACACCAGAACAAGUAAAGACAAAUGAAGUAUUGAGUAUUCAAUUUCCUAUUGAAUUUAAUCAGAUUGUACCUGAAUCAAUUCAAUCGAUAGGAAAACAAAUUAAUGAGCAUUUACCAAAUAAAACAGCAGCUAACGGUUUGACGAUCAUACCAUUACCUACUUUUACUCGUACACUUCGAGCAUCAGAUUUAGAAAUUGAUAAACAAGAUAUGGUAAUAAUUGAUGCACGUCAAGGUAGUGUAAUACUGGAAAUAGCAUUAAAAGCAAAAAUAUCAAAUUACAAAGAAAAACUAGAAAAAAUUGGAAAAAAAAUUCAAUCAUUUUUUGUGAGUGAAAGUAAAACGAUUUCUUAUAUUAAAUCAUUACUACCAACAGCAAAAGAAGUUCAAAAAAUUGAUAUCGGAUUUUGUGAAAAUACAACCAUAAACCACAAUGAUGACAAUGAAAGUCUUUCACCAGAUGAUAUUGAUUUUUAUUUACAGAUGAAUCAACGUCCAACAGUUAUUGAUCAAAUAUCAUGGGACUAUUUAUUAGAAAAAAGUCGUGAAAUAACGGCACGUAUAUUAAAUUCAUUUCAAGAAUGCGAUGUAGAAUACGUUAUAAGUAAUGCUGCUUUAGUUUAUGAGUCAAUUGAUCUAGGACGUCUAGGAAAAAAAGCGCCAUCGCCUCAUUUACUUCCCCUCAGGUAGACGAAGCCUAAUACUGCAACAAAGAAGAUACUAGAUCCUAUAAAGUCUUACAAUUUGAUUCGAGCGAGUUAAAUAAAAUCCUGUUGAUAUGUUGGCUCUUUCACAAACUGAAUGAUACUGCACUUCUUAAGCCAUCCAUUUUGCCAGAUGGUAGAAAUCUAUCUCGGUAACUGCAAGUUUGAUCUCCGUCAAAGUUUUCGGAAAAUGUUAAGUGGUCGUUUUUUGCGGACCAUACGAACAAAGACGACUAAUUGGAUUCGUUGAUCCAUCAAAUUGACCAAUCAGGUUGGUUCUUUUUGUCCGUAAAAAAAACGACCACCAAAUGUUCACCAUGUCAAAGAGUAGUAUGAUGGUAGUUUUCUUUUAACUGCAUCUAUCGUUGCUCGCGAGAUAUCUUCACAAUAAUAGGUAAAAUUGGAUAUUUAACGUUCAGCAAGUUAGAGUUUGCAGAUGCCAGGUUAAUUUCAACUUAUUAUAUUGCCGUAAAGAAAUAACGUGAAAGUACCGACUUUUUAAAAGGACGGGGGUCGAUAACAGGCAAAAUCGGCCCCCUCUCAGAUCAAGCUCAUAUUCACAAGUCUGAUGUAGUUUUUCUUCGUGAUUAAAACUAGCAUCUCAAAAAACCCAUUUUCAGCCCCCCUGGAAAAAAUUCCGCAUCCAAACUGUUCACCCCUUAAAUGAAUUUUAUUUACAAUAUUUUCCCCAUUUCUUCUCUUUGCCCAAAGCAAACCUCAACUACUGUACAUCAUUCGAUAGAGAAUUUCACGAGCUACAAAAUGAUAUACGCAGUUGGCAUCUAUCGAUAUGGAGAAAAUGAGAGAAAUAUUGCAAAACUUACUUUGAAUGCUCUAAAAACACUGUUACCGUAAUCCUAUUCCUAUAUUCGAAUAAAACAGACGGAUUUUC